GUCUUCUUCAAUCCCCAUUGCAGACUCCUCAACCUCCUUCACUUUUCUCCUCUUCUUCUUCAAAUCAUAUAAGCCCAUUUUUUUUCUUGUAAUUUUUGUCAUAUAUACCCUUAUUACUUAGAUCUAGAAAAUAUAAGAAAAAAAAGAAAAUAAUGGAUCGUUUGUGGACUUUGAUCACUCUUCUUCACACACUAGCUGGGCCAGUGUUGACGCUGCUGUACCCCUUGUAUGCAUCAGUGGUUGCAAUAGAAAGCCCAUCAAAAGUGGAUGAUGAGCAGUGGCUUGCUUAUUGGAUCUUGUAUUCGUUUCUUACUCUCAUGGAGAUGCUUCUCCUACCCAUCUUAGAAUGGAUACCAAUAUGGUAUGAUGUUAAGCUGAUAUUGGUAGCAUGGCUGGUUCUACCCCAGUUCUUGGGGGCAGCUUUCGUAUAUGAAAGGUUUGUGAGAGAGAAUAUCAGGAAAUAUAGAGGGAUAGAGCAUCAUCACCACAAGUCCCCAAAUGUCAAGGGCAAGUACAAGUUUGUGGAUUUCAUUACACCAAAGAAAGGGGAGCAUGAGGCUUAUUGAAGAAUAAAGAUAUAUUAUAUGUAUAUGUUGAUGUAUAAGGGGCGCGCACACACACACAUACAUAUUAUAUAUAUGUGUGUGUGUGUGUGUGUGUGUGUUGGCUUGUGAGGGUCUUAAUUCCAUUUCCCUUUUGUUUUAUGUUUGGUGGUGAUGGUACUUCACCAAGUAAAAUGUCUGUACUCUUUGUAUAAAGCCAAGAAGAAGCUUGUAACCUUUUAUGUGAUACAUGACUAAUGACGACUUUCAAACUCUCAAAUUGAAGUUUCUGGUAGCA